UACCAACUGAACCGACCAACGAAUUUGAGGAUAAAAAAACCUAUUUUUUUUUCCUAUUUUUUUUUCUUUCUUUUCUUUGUAAUUUUAUUCUUUAAAAGAAAAAAUAGAAAAAGGGAAGAAUUUUACUCCUUAUAUAGUUAACAAAAAAUACUGUUUAUAUGAGUACGAAUCCUCUUAAUGAAAAUAGAUUAUCCCCAUAACCAAUCUCAACUAAUAAAGGAUCUUCGCAAAGUUAAUUUAUUAACACAGUAAAGAAAAACAAAAGGAAAUUAUGAUUAAACAGUGUGUUUAGAUCGCAUUAUCACAAGAGUUAAUUUCUAUACACGGAUAAAGUACAAAUUUUUCAUACCAUCAAAAUUUUAGAUCUAUAAUACUAAUAAAUUAACUGUUCAUAAUAAACCUGAUAUAGAGAAAUAGGGAAAAUGUACAACAUCGUUGUGGUUCAUUCAAAUUGUUACUGGAGUAAUAAGUUAAUUCCUAGCAACUAAAAGAAGUACAUCAUUGUAGAUACUUUGCACACGUUUGAACUUAUCUUUUUUACCUUUUAACUAAGUUGUGUGGUCUGACUUUUUAAAGAAAAAUUGAGCCAUUCAUUGUCCGAUGGAAGCCAAUAGGAAGCAAGAAUAUAAUGCAAUUCCAUAAUUAGUCAAACCAGAGGUGACAUCUUAUCUCCAUCAUUCUCAAACGUUCUCAAAAACAUGCACUCCACGUUGUUCCAACCACUCACUAAAACUAUGAAUUAACACCAAAAGUUUCCUUCAUUAAGCAAAAACACUUUGCCUCCACCUCUUCUACCUUUCUCUCCACCUGCAGAAACACAACCCUUUUCUUCUCUCACUCCACAACUUUCCAACUUUUCCUUCAUUGUCACCUCACCUCUAACAUCCCAUAUUAUUUUCUUGUUUAAUGGUCACAAGUUUCAUUUCUUAAUUAAGAUUAUACAUUCUUGAAUCAAGAAAAAUAUUGGUUCGAGCACUCGACGUAGAUAAUGAGAUCUACAAUUGUUGGCCUGUCAUGUUUUUAAUGGAAUGUGUGAGAUUGAAAGACAGACAAACGUGAAGCAUGAUUCUUGAGACGAAAAACAAUUCCAUGGCUGGGGGCAGGGCGCUUAAACGUAAUGAGACUUUCAAGUCACGUUUGGCCUAUGAUUCAGGUGUCGCGUCUAGCCCUCGUGCCCAACAGAACCAGCCUUCAGAUAUGGAGCUAAUGAAGGAAAAGUUUGCAAAGUUGCUCCUUGGUGAGGAUAUGUCUGGUGGAGGAAAGGGUGUCUCUUCUGCGCUGGCUUUGUCAAAUUCAAUCACAAACCUAGCAGCUUCCGUUUUUGGAGAACUGAAGAGAUUAGAGCCAAUGCCAGCCGAGACAAAAGCCAAAUGGAGAAAAGAAAUUGGUUGGCUUUUAUCAGUCACAGAUCACAUUGUUGAAUUUGUUCCUUGUAAUCAAAAAUCAAAAGAUGGAACAAACAUGGAGGUUAUGGUAACAAAGCAGCGAUCCGAUCUUCAAAUGAACAUUCCAGCACUACGCAAGCUAGAUGCAAUGCUUAUUGAUUGCUUAGAUAGCUUUAAGGAUCAAAGUGAGUUCUCCUAUGUAUCAAAAGAUGAUCAAUCAGAGGAUGGAAAAAACAGCAGGAAUGAUGAAAAAUGGUGGAUACCUACUCCUAAGGUUCCUCCUAAUGGCUUAUCUGAUCCCAUGAGGAAAUGGCUGCAAUUUCAGAAGGAUUCAGUAAACCAAGUUCAUAAAGCAGCCAUGGCUAUAAAUGCUCAAGUCCUGUCAGAAAUGGAGAUCCCAGAAAGUUAUAUAGAAUCCCUACCUAAGAAAGGGAGAGCAAGCCUAGGAGAUUCGAUCUACAAAAGCAUCACUGACGAGUACUUUGAUCCGGAUUACUUCUUCACAACUAUGGACUUUUCUUCGGAACAUAAAAUUGUAGACCUAAAGAACAGGAUUGAGGCUUCUGUAGUUAUUUGGAGAAGAAAGAUGAACGCUAAAGAUGGGAAAUCAACCUGGGGUUCAGCUGUUAGCUUUGAGAAGAGAGAAAUCUUUGAAGAAAGAGCUGAGCUUGUCUUGCUGAUUCUUAAGCAGCGCUUCCCUGGAAUUCCUCAGUCAACACUAGACAUUAGUAAAAUCCAAUACAACAGAGAUUUGGGACAAGCUGUUUUAGAAAGCUAUUCAAGAAUAAUAGAAAGCAGGGCAUUCACAAUCAUGUCACGAAUUGAAGACGUUCUCCAAGCAGAUGCCAUGGCCCAAAAUCCUUCCAAUGGAGAAGUAAAGAGAUCACUACCAGAUACAGAAGAAGUAGGUAAAACACUUCUGGACUUCAUCGGUUGGACAGCGGACCAAGAAGAUAACAACACAAAGAAAGAUUUGAAAGAGGACUCAACUAAAGAUGUUGAUGUGAAGUUUCUUGGCAAACCUCCUAACAUAGUCACCAACAAGAGAUUUUCUUACCUAGAGAACUUAGGUAUGUGUAGAAGUCCAACAGCCCGCCACUAACUGAUGGCACUGCAGAAUAUUAAUUAACUCAUUGAAGUGUGAGAGCUCAGCCUCAAAUGUACAUGUUGAGAUGGAUCACAGCCAUCUAGGAUUUAACUAAGCCAUUCUUUUUUGUAAGUAGGGAAAAGUUAGUAGACCUACUGGGUCUGUGACACUUCUUUUUAAGUGAUUUACUCUGUAUAAGAUGUUACCUCGUUAAAGAACAACGAGGAUUUUUGGACAUUUUUCAAAUAGUCCUAUCCUAAGUUGUAUGGCCUUUGGUCUUCAGAUUUAUUGGAUAGAAAGUCUGUAAUA